CCCAUCAGUGCAACAUAUCAGUGCCCAUCUGAGCUGCCUUUCAGUGUCACCUAUCAGUGCCAGUCAGUGCCACCUAUCAGUGCUGCCCGUCAGUGCCACCUAUCAGUGACCUAUAUGAGUGCUGCCUUUCAGUGCCCAUCAGUGAUGCCUGUCAAUGCCCAUCACUGCCACCUACCAGUGCCUCCUCAGCAGUGCCCAUCAGUGCCACCUAUCAGUGUUCAUCAGUGCAGCUUAUCAGUGCCCAUCACUGCAGCCUCAUUAGCGCACAUCACAGUGCCACCUGUCAGUGUCCAUCAGUGCCAGCUGUCAGUGCUCAUCCAUGCCACCUGCCAGUGCCCAUCAGUGCCACAUCAAUGCCACAUUUCAGUGCCUACCAGUGCACAUCAAUGCCACAUACCA